AUGGGGGUCAGCAAUCCAGUCAAGUAUGUCUUGCGCCUGUCCCUGUUCACCAACAAGCGAACCGAGCAACAACAACAACAUCGACAACACCACUCCUCCUCCCCCAUCUCCCCCAUCUCCCCCUCCACUACCUGGAAAGGGAAAGAAAUCGACUCUGACCCGCCCAUUGAAGUUCGCUGGGGCGCUGUACAGUACCCAGAUGACUAUGCAGCAUUGACCGAUGUCCAUGCCCACAUGGCGGUGAGCGCAAUUGACUCGGAUCUGGGCAGCAGCAGCAGCAGUAGCCGCAGCAGAAGCAGCGGUAGCAGUAGCCGGACGGGGCUGGUGCGCGUUGUGAGCUGGGCCAGUCUUGCUGGGGAUAGAUGUCGGUGGACGAUGGAACAAGAACGGAGAUUAGCGAUUGCGAGAAGUGAACUGGCUCGAUGUCAGAAAGCUUGGAGUUCGGAGCAGGAGUUGUGGUUAGCUCAAAUCGAAAAGUUGCACGAGGAGAAAGAAGCCCACGAACAUUUCAUUCACCACCGAGCAAAACAACAGGACGAAGAGCAGCAGCAUUUUCGCAAAUCCUGGAUUCGACGAAAGUCUUACGAAGAGCAACAGCAGCAGCUCGUCCCUACUACGCAAAGGACUAAUAGUCGAUUGCGGCGGAUACGGCGCAUAGGAUCAUAG